AUGAGUGCUCAAGAAAAGGCUUCUGAUAUUGAGAUGAAACCCUUGUAUAAGACUCACCUUGAAGCUGAUAUCAAUGAGACGAAAGAUUCCACUGAGAUGAAUAAAUUAGAUAUUCAAAGGACCGAUGGGAAAAGUUCGAGUGAAGGCGCAUCAGAUAAGCCAUCUUCAAUUUUAAGUACAGUAAUUGCACUUCUAAGCACGAUUGUUCCUUCUGGUGGCAUGAUUUCAACUAUCUUUAGCGUUGCAGCAACGUCGGUUGGGUCUGGUAUCAUGGGGUUACCUGCAGCUUUUAACAGCACUGGAAUUAUCAUCGCUAUUGUUUACCUCAUUGUUAUCACAGCAGAAACUGUUUACUCAAUGCGGUUAUUAGCUCAGACAGCCGAAAAAACCAAAUUACGCUCCUACGAAGAAUUGUCAGUUCUUCUUCAUCCGAAGGCUUAUAUUGUUGUCAGUAUUCUACGUAUGCUAAGUACAUUGAGUGGAACCAUUGCCUUUGUCGUUACCCUAGGAGACUUAUUAAAGCCUAUACUUGAAUCUAUUGACGGGACACCAUCAUUCCUUCUUAAAACCACUGGACAUAAAUUGUUGCAGAUUGGUUUUUGGUUGGUUUUUAUGUUCCCCUUUGCAUUUCCUCGGAAGUUCAACACCCUCCGAUACGCAUCAAUUUUCGGGAUAAGCUUCAUGUUCUACCUGAUUAUUGUUAUUAUAUUGCACUAUUUUAUGCACGGUUUCAAGGCUGAUCCACCUGCCCAUACUAAUUUGGCAAAUACAGGAAACACUGCACUUGAUGGGAUGGGUAUUUUUAUUUUUGUAUACAUGUGCCAAAUCAAUUGUCUGGAGAUAUAUUUCGAAAUGACCAAGCGCAGCAUCAAGCGAUUCACUCUAUGCAUAUCCAUCAGUCUUAUCUUCUGUGGUCUUUUGUAUUUUGCGACUGGCCUUUUUGGAUAUUUGGAUUUUGGUGAUGCAGUAACAGGGUCAAUUCUUCAUCAUUACAACCCUAUUAAGGAGCCACAGAUUUUUGUGUGUUACGUUGGUAUCUUUUUCAAGAUAUGCGUUUCAUUUGGGCUUCUUAAUAACACGUGUCGAUGCGCACUAUUUUCUUUGAUUGACUGGGACCCACAAGCUGCUUCUACAAAAAAGCACAUUAUUGGUUCAGUGGGACUGGCUUUCCUUGCCCUUAUACUUGGUAUCGCCGUCCCUAACAUUACUAUAGUAUUCGCACUCAGUGGAGGCAUACUCGGAGGUUCUAUUGGGUUUAUGCUUCCUGCACUGUUCAUAAUGUAUUCUGGGAAUUGGAGCCUGAAAUCCGUAGGUGUAAUCAACUAUGUAUGUACUUACCUCGUACUACUAGGAGGUGUUGCCGGACUGGUUUUUUCAACAGGAUCUAGUCUUUAUUCUACAUUUAGGUGA